AUGUUGGAAAGCCUCUGUAUCGACUUAAUCAACGAGCUGUUAUUAACAAAAUAUAAAUUUCUCCUGGCGAUGAAACUGAACAGUAUGUUGAGUGCAAAAUGCCAGAGUUGCUCAAAGAACAAAGUUGAGGAGGAUGGUCACGAGGGGGAGUCAUCAUCACCUGCAGGAAAUUCUACUCCAGUGCCCCCUAUGGAGGAGAAAUAUAACUACGCCAAUUUUUGCGAUUUAAAAAGGAAAGAAAUGAGGAAAAAAAAAAUAAAAAAAUAUAAUUUCAAAAGGUUAAGAAAAUAUGUAAGGGAUUUGAAGGAGCACCGUGAAGUGGAUUCUUUGGAAGGAAAAAAGGACCAGUCACCUACCUGCGAAGCGAUUUGUCCGAUGAGCACCGGUCAGGGGGACACCCUCCAUGACAGCACACCACAUGAUUGUGCACCGCCACUACUAACCCUUCGCAGUAAAAAAAACCCAGUGGGAAGAAAAAAUAUUCUGCUUCACCUAAAGGAAGGGCGCAUUUUAAAAAAAAGAAAAAACUCCCCUUGUGAAGAACACGAUGACGGGAGAAAGGUCCCAAUGGCCAGUCCCGCACUCGAAAAAACACGAAACGAACAAAAAGUAGACCAUCGCAUGAGGAUGCUAAAUGACGAACUGUGCGAAUACAUCAGGAAUGACUUUUACCCAUUUCUGCCUCUGUACAAUUUUGAGGAAGAGCCCCUACCAAACAACAAAAACAGGAUAAGUCUUCUCCUCAGUAAAGAAAAAAUGAAUAGCAUUUCAAAAAACAGAAAAAAAAUAAAAGGGACACUACGAGGGGGAUACACCAAAGGACCUGUUCUUCUUUCGUCCAAAAAAUUAAAUACACAUUAUGUGAAAUUUCUGUCCAAGUUUAGAAUGCUCAUUAAACGGGUCAAGCAACGAAACAGUGAGGGAGACACAACGCAGAUGCAGGGGGAUGAUCCCAAAUAUACCAUCUUAAAAACGCUUCUAUAUUUAAAAGGGGGUUCUGUCAGUAGCACAACCAGUUGCGCGUCUAGCAGGGGUGGCCACUGGAGGGAACUGGCAAGGGGACCUACACACAGAAAGGAUCCUUCCAAAGCUUUACUACAUUUAGACGGGCGAAGUGAAGGAUAUCACCACCAGGUGUAUCGAGCCAUUUCCACAAUUCGCUUUUUGAAGGAAAGCCUGCAUAUCCUCCGGAUGGACACCAUAUACAUUUUUGUCUUUUUCGCAUCCUACGUGAAUGGCAUCUUGGCGAGGUUGCAAAGGAGGGGAAGUGGUGACUAG